AUGGAAACACAAAACAUUGAUACACGUAAAAUGGCUGAUCAAACAUUAUUAGCAAAAGCUCGUAAAGCACGAUUUGAUGAUUUACCAAAUUUUUCUGGACAUCCUUCUGAGGAUGUCGAACGGUUUUUGAAAAGCAUCAAGAAUAUAACCAAGGCAACCGAUGAAUCAGAUAAUCAUGAAAUUUUAGAAAUUGUUCGUGGUAAAUUAAUUCGAUCAGCAGGAAUAUGGUUCGAUAAUAAUGAACCUAAUUUCAAAAAAUGGUCAGAUUUCGAAGCUGCAUUUCGAAAUCGAUAUUUUUCUACAACAUCAACUCACAAGAAAUUUGAUACAUUAAAACAACGUAAACAAUUACCGGAUGAACCGAUUACGUCUUAUUUCGAUGACAUUAUUAAUCUAUGCCAGGAAAUUGAUCCAACUAUGUCAGAAAAAAUUAUAAUUCAACAUUUAAUGAGUGGAAUUAAUCCCGAUUUUAGGAAGGAGUUAUCAAGACGUGAAUCAUCUAUCAAUACAUUGAAUGAAUUUUUAAAAUACGCAAAAAUCGAACAAGAUUUACAUGAUACAUUUCGUAAUUUAUCAAUCGAUUCACAACAACCCUAUGCUAAUUUCAAUCGUCCAUCACUGACUGCUGCACUUAAUCAACCAAAACGAUAUUAUAAUAACAUGAACCACAACAAUUCUGUUUCACAUUCAACACAAUCACAGAGUUCCGUUUCUCAGCGGAACUCGAUUCCAACACUUGGAAAUCGAACAUCCAUGGCACCUGAUAGACAACAAAUUCGAAAUUAUCCACCACAAUCAAUAUCAAAAAAGAAACCAAUCAAUAGUCGACCAACAUCACAAUAUCAAUUCAACAACUGUAAAUUCAUUUACAAAACCCACACGUGUCAAACAGCAAAUUCAACUCCUCUUGAUAUUAUUGGUCAAAUUGAAUUGGAAAUUAAAAUUAAAUAUAUUAAAACUUAUAUCAUUGCUUAUGUCGCAACAAAUUUAAUUACACCAAUUCUUUUAGGCAAUGACUGGAUUAAUUUUAAUCAUGUUCACCUCUUUGGCGACCAGAAACACUUAACAAUUCCUGAUCAACAUGGUCAAUUAACUCGAAUUCCAUACACCGAACCGGCUUCCAUCAAUUAUCCCGCUCUAUUAGUUAAUCAAAUUACCCUGCCUCCACAUUCACAAACACUGGUUGACAUUACUUCUCAAGUUACUAAUGCCAACAAUUUAAUAUUUGAACCAUAUGAUCGCUAUAUCUCAAAAUUUAUUUUUAUACCGCAUACAUUAUUAAAUGUUAAUAAUCAUCAAGCAAAAAUUUUAUUAAUAAAUGCUCAAAAUCGUCAACAAACAUUACCAAAGAAUACACGCAUCGGAACUCUAUCAUAUGACACAACAUUGUCCAUAUGUACUACAAUACAAAAUUCGACAAAACCGGAACCACCGUCGAAUUUUCAAUCAUCCCGAAAACACAAAAUUCCUAAAAUAAGAGCUAUCUCAUAUGAUAAAGAUAACUCGAAUCAAACUCUCCGAGAUAAUCGUUGUCAUCAAUGUAAUGAAUAUUUUCUAUCUGGAAAUGACUUACAAAAACAUUUACGUGCACAAUGUUAUUCAGAUCAGAUUCGAAAACAAAUAAUCGAAUCGACUGCUCAUAUAGGAAAUCCAAAACAUCGAGAAGCAAUUCAAGAUAUAUUAUGGCGAAAUAAAAUAUUAUUUGAUCCGACACCAUCAAUUAUUAAUAUUCCACCGCAAUCGGCAAUUAGAACUGGUGAUCAUCCACCUAUUUAUUCGAAACAAUAUUCAGCUUCGUAUAAAGAUCAAGAAAUUAAAUUUCAAGAAACACAGAAAUUAUUAGAACGUGGUCAAAUUGAAGAAUCAACAUCUCCAUGGUCAUCACCUAUCGUUCUCGUCAAGAAGAAAGACAAAACCAUGCGAUUUUGCAUUGAUUAUCGUCGAUUAAAUGCCAUCACGAUUAAAGAUGCAUUUCCACUUCCACGAAUUGAUGAAAUAUUCGAUCAAUUAUCUGAUGCAACGUAUUACACAAAAUUUGAUUUUAAAUCAGGAUAUUUUCAGGUUCCUCUAUCGGAAGAGGACCGACCAAAAACUGCCUUCUCAACCCGAGACAAUCAUUAUCAAUUUACAGUUCUUCCACAAGGAAUAACAAAUGGUCCAGCUACAUUUCAACGUGUUAUUAAUCACAUAUUAGGUCCUGCACGAUGGAAAUAUGCAUUAGCAUAUAUUGAUGAUGUAAUUAUUUACUCCAAGACAUUCGAAGAACAUUUGUCUCAUCUCAAGGAAAUUUGUCAAAUAUUAAAAAACGCUCGUUUUCGUCUCAAUCCAGAUAAAUGCGAAAUUGCUCGUACGCAAACAGAAUAUCUUGGACAUCAUAUCCAAAAUGGUGAAAUUCGUCCAAGUCCACACAAUAUACAAGGCUUAUUAAAUACAAAAUUACCACAAACAGCAGAUGAAGCUUGUAAAUUUGUUAAAGCAGCAGAAUAUUAUAGAAAAUUCAUACCAAAUUUUUCACAAAUUGCCGAACCACUUAGGAAAUUUGUACCAACUACCAGAACGCAACAGAAAAAAGGACAAAAAACGUUAAUUAAACUAACAGAUGAAGAAAUUAAAGCAUUUGAACAACUCAAACAUUUUCUUACAACUGAUUUAGUUUUACGUCUACCAAAUAAUAGAUUCCCUUUUAAAGUUCAAACAGAUGCUUCUGAUGAGGGAAUCGGUGCUGUUUUAUUACAAACUUAUCCUGAUGGAGAUAGACCUGUAGCUUAUCUUUCUAAGAAAUUUACUCAAGCACAACGUAAAUGGUCUCCUAUGGAACAAGAAUGUUAUGCUUUUAUUUGUGCUUUAGACAAAUGGCAUAAUUAUUUAAGUGGAAUUAAAUUCACUUGGGAAACCGAUCAUAAGGCAUUAACACAACUAAAUCAAAAAGCACAACUUAAUAAACGAUGUGAAAGAUGGAGAUUAAAAAUCUUAGAAUAUGACUUCAAGGUGAAAUAUAUCCCAGGUUCAACUAACUCGAUGCCUGAUUAUUUAUCAAGGUCCCCAGUCGAUGAUGCCGAAGAAGAUCCUGAUGAAGUUUCACUUCUUAUUUCGAAAUCCACACAAACCGAUUUCUCAGAUAUAAAAAACCAAUCAUCUAUCGUCGCAGCUGUUCAAACUCGUGCGAUGAAAUUACGACAUCAAACUUUAAAUGAUCCGAACGAUGGCACAAAAUCAGCACAAGAUUCUCUAACUUCUUCAUCCGCCAAUCAAACAUUGAAUAAUUCAAUGAAAGAGAAUCGAAUAAUUUCAUUUUCCAUUGAAGAAUUAAUUCAAGCUCAACAAAAUGAUAAUUAUGCAAAAAAUAUUCUGAACAAUAUCAAGAAAUAUAAAAAUUAUAUGAUCAAAGAUAAUCUUUUAAUGUGUCGAUCAAAACCGUCAGUUCCUUAUGUACCACAAGGUGAUUUUCGAAAAACAAUUUUACAAAUUUACCAUGAUACUGCAGCCAAUGGUGCUCAUUUCGGAAGAGAUAAAACGAUAUAUAAAAUUAAACAACGUUAUUUUUGGCCUUCAAUGUACAAAGACAUUGAUAAUUAUGUUAAAUCAUGUAUUUUAUGUGCUCAACAUAAUCCUCGUCGACAAAAAACUCCUGGUAAAUUACGACCAAUUAAACCCCCAGAAGGUGUAUGGCAACUCGUAGCUAUGGAUUUUCAUGGUCCUAUUAAUCCAACAUCUCGUCGUGGUAAUAAAUAUAUUAUAUGUCUCACGGAUAUUUUAUCAAAAUUUGUAGUAACAAAAGCAGUACGUGAUAAUACUGCACAAACAGCUGUUAAAUUUCUAAAAGAAGAUGUUAUUUCAAAAUUUGGUACACCUCGAUGUAUCUUAACCGACAACGGCACUCAUUUUACAUCAACAGUUAUGAAUGAAUUAGUCAAACAAAUUGGAUCAACACAUUUAUAUUCAACACCAUAUCAUCCUCAAUCGAAUGGUCAAGUUGAAAGAUACAAUUCAACAAUGGAUGCAAAAAUUGCAGCUUUAUCCAAUAUACAAAAAACAGAUUGGGAUGAUCAAUUACCGUUUGUCACGUUCAAUUACAACACGUCGAUCCAUUCCUCAACCAAGCAAAUUCCAUUCGAAAUGAUGUAUGGCCGCACACCAAUAUUACCAUUUGAUUAUCAAGAAGAUAAUGUUACAAUUCAAUAUGACAAUGAACAUGUGAAAAAGCUUCAUGAAUUUUUAGCAAAAUUAAAUGCACAAGCAAAAAUUAAUAUUAUAAAAAACCAAGAACGAUACAAACAACGUUAUGAUGCAAAUCGUUCUGAUCCAUUAUACAAUACCGGUGAUCUCGUUCUCGUUAAAACACUCCAUAUGCAUUCAAAAUUUAAUGUUCGUUAUGAAGGACCAUUUAGAAUUACUGAAAAACUUGCACCAAAGACAUUUAUCGUACAACACAUCAAGAAACCAACAUUACAUCGUCAAGUUACAACUGAUGUGUUACUUCCAAUAUUCGAGCGAAUUCAUUAA